AUGUCCCAGAUCACUUUAUUCACCGACUCUCGGCUACCCUGCCCGCAGCGGCUGCUUCUCACCAUACACGAACUCGGCCUUCAGAUCAAGGAUAUUCGAGAGGUUGACAUAUCCAAGUCUGAGAAUAAGCGUCUAGAAAUAUUAGAGCUUAACCCCUUUGGCGCUGUGCCAUUCAUACGAGACGAAUCUUAUGAUCCGCCUCUGAUGUUGGCGGAGUCGCGUGCAAUUGCGAGAUACCUUGCGCGAGCCUAUGGCAGCAAUGACUCGUCGGUUUCGCUGCUCCCAGAUCCAAACGACGUGCUAGCCAUUGCAAAGUUCGAAGAAGCAGCCUCAAUUGAGCUCACUUCUUUUGACGCCGUCGCCAAUCAGCUAGUAUUUGAAGAGCUAUUCAAGCCGUAUGUCCUUUACAGAUCAGGGCUCUAG